AUGAAACCCAGGAAAAAUCUAGAAGAUCUUCAAGCUAUACAAUAUUUAGAAAAAACAUCUGUACUUAAAAGUGGAAGAUGGCAUGUCGGUUUACCCUGGAAAGAUAAUAACUGUAAACUACCAAACUCGUACCCUAACGCCGCGCUAAGAUUAAAAGGAGUACAGAAGAGACUGAAGACAGAUAAAGCUUAUGCUAGAAGAUACACUGAAAGAAUAAACCACUUACUUGAGAACGACUAUGACGUCUUUAAUAUUUGGUGC